AGAUGACCUAUCAGGUAUUGGUUCUCAAAUAAGUCCACCGUGUGACCCAUUCACGAUUUCUCGUCCCGAAAAUCCGGCACCAGCAUACCCAGUCUUAUCAAGCUCUUGCGAGAACACUUUCAUCUCAUCAGACCACAGGUCUAGUCAUAGAAGAAAACGACGGAACCCGAUGGCCACUCGUCCUCCAACUUUCACUGGGCGGUCAGAAAUGGCCGAUGGUAUAGGCUCAGAUGGAAGUGCAGAGAGCCCUACAUGUUCAAACUGCAGGGGUACCCAGACUCCUCUAUGGCGAAGAGGUCCAGAUGACGAGCUAUUGUGUAAUGCAUGUGGCGUGUUCUAUAAGGUGCACAAAAAGCAUCGUCCGCAUAACCUUGCAAAGGUCAAGAAUACAUUUCGAGGAAAAUUCGGCUCAAGAAGACAUCCGAGGGACACACAACCAAUCAAGUGUACCAAUUGCAAUGCCACAGCGACACCCAUGUGGCGUAAAGCACCGGAUGGAGCACUUCUAUGCAACGCAUGCGCGCUCUACUUCAAGUGCCACAAGAGACCAAGACCAAUGCCCCCUCAGGAUGCGAGUACUAUAUCCACAGCGUCGGUGAUGGCCCAAUCCCUUACAGCUGGGAUAGGUUUACCUUACCCAACGCUCUGUAGUCCAACGGAUCUGCAAUGCAAUUUCUCAAGCUUCAGGGAUAUCUAUGACCGUAAUAGAGCCAACGGGGGGAUGAGCACCAGCCCAUUAGAUCAACUCAGCUACCUACCCCUAUUUUGAUCCGAUUAUCCGUUGCUCUAUAGCUUUCUAUUCCUUGAACUUUUUGUCAUGCCUUCUGAUUAUCCAAAUCCAUUUUCAAUCACUACACCACCCGAUACAACUCUGACGCCGAAAUCUCAAGUUUUGUUUGAAUACCAUACAUACAAGAAAGGUAUUUCUGAUCUGUGGUCAUCAUGUAUUUGAUGAUAUCCUUUUGCUCCCUAUUUUCAACCCCAGGAUAUGAUGGUGUACCAUCUGGAAUACCAGGAAGAUAUAGAUGAUAUAUGGAAAAUUGGGAAAACAAACUGAUAACUGAAGACAGAACCAUACGGAUAAAACUAAGGAGACUGUCCAGCUCCCAGAUCAAUCAUAAACUUUCUUUUUGUUCUCUAAACUUUUAGAAAGAAAUGUUUAUGCUAUCAGAAAUCU